UUUAAUUGUUUGUCUAUUGUUCUCUGCAAUAAGCUGCAUUUUUUCAAAUAUAAAAAUUUACAUAUCAGUGUUGCUUUCCAAGAAGUUUGUAAAGUUAGUAGAGAUUUAAUGUAAUAUAACAUGGCGCCGGUAGACGGUUCACCAGCCGAAAACAUGGGAGCGUUUGAUUUUAUAUAUUCGAUAAAAGCGAAUGAUACAAUACCGGUACACAUUUACAAAUCUAGAAAUACUGGAAUUACAGUUUGUAUAGCAGACGUUGAUGGACCUGUUGUAAAUGGUUAUUUUUGUCUUGCUACUGAAGCUCAUGAUGAUGAUGGACUACCUCACACAUUGGAACACCUUAUUUUCUUAGGUAGUGAAGAUUACCCAUAUAAAGGUGUUUUAGAUUUAUUAGCCAAUAGAUGUUUGGCAUCUGGUACUAAUGCUGCAACAGAAAUUGAUUGUACUUAUUAUACUAUGACAACUGUUGGAAGCGAAGGAUUUCUAUCUUUAAUGCCUAUAUAUCUUGAUCAUGUACUUUAUCCAACACUUACGGAUGCAGGUUUUCUUACUGAAGUACAUCAUAUUAAUGGUGAAGGUGAGGAUGCAGGUGUGGUUUAUUGUGAAAUGCAAGGAAAAGAAAAUAUAGGAGAAUAUUUGUUAUAUGUAGAAUUAUCUAGAGCAAUUUUUCCUGGAAGAUGUGGUUACAAAUCCAUUGUUGGAGGAGCAUUAAAAAAUCUAAGAAAAAGUACUAGUAUUGAAAAAGUCAGACAAUACCAUCAGGAAUUUUAUAGACCAGAGAAUUUGACACUAGUAAUCACUGGUCAAAUAAAGCAUGCUGAUGUGUUUAAGGCAUUACAAACUGUAGAAAACAAAAUUAUAUCAAAAGGACCUAGAGGUUUUUUUAAAAAACCUUGGCAAGAUCCUGUACCACCUCUUACAGAAAGUGUAGAUCUAGAUAUAUAUUAUCCUUGUGAUAAUGAAGAUAAUGGUAUAGUAGAUGUUGCUUGGCGAGGACCUUCUGCUAUUACUGAAAUGUAUGAUCUUAUUGGAUGUACAUUACUUUUAAAAUAUCUAACAGACACAUCAGUUAGUCCACUGCAGAAAGAAUUUGUUGAAAUUGAUAAUGCAUAUGCUAGUAAUGUCGGUUAUUUUUAUUCUAAAUACACAAUAUCUAUGCUGUAUCUUGAAUUUGAAAGUGUACCAAAAUCAAAAAUCCCUCUAAUGAAAGAUCAGCUGUUAAGAGUAUUAAAUGAUGUGUAUGAGAAAGGCAUUGAUAUGAAACGAAUGAGAACAGUUGUUCAUAGGCGUAUUCUUGAAACUUUGAGUAGUUUAGAAAAUGAACCUCAUGAUGCAAUUGCACAUAUGCUUUUUGAAUAUGCACUUUAUGGCAAUACUAAAGAAGAUUUGGAUCAAAGAACCAAUCAUAUAAAAAAUCUUAAAAAAUUAGAAACUGAGACUGAAUCUUAUUGGUUAAAUCUAUUAAAGACAUAUUUUCUUAAUCCUCCAUUUGUAAUAAUUAAAGGAAUUCCCAGCUUAGAAAAAAGACACGAGUUAACUGAGAAAGAAAAGACUCGUGUUGCUAAACAGAUUGAAGAUUUAGGUAAAGAAGGUCUUCAAAAAAAAGAAAAGGAAUUACAAGAAGCAAUUACUAAAAAUGAAAUACCGGUACCCGACGAAAUAUUAAGUUCUGUUCCUAUACCAUCCACUCACUUUAUCAAUUUUCAUUAUAUUAAAAGUUACACAACAGAAAGUAAUAAGCAGCAUCCUAGAUUUGAUGUAUCAAAGUUGCCAUUUUAUACAUACUUGGACCAUGUUAAUACCAAUUUUAUUUAUAUGUCCGUUAUUAUGAAUACUUCGAAUGUUAAAACAGAAUAUAAACCUUAUAUUCCGUUAUUACUGAAAAUAAUUAUGGAAAGUCCAAUAAUGAGAAAUGGUAAACUCAUUCCAUAUGAAGAAAUUGUAACUGAAUUGGAAGCAGAUACUAUAACAAAUGAUACUAGUCUAGGGGUCGAUAGUUUUUCAAGGUUUUCAUGUGGAGCAUACAGUUACAGUGCUCUUUUAGAGCUUCAUCUUGAAAUAGAAAAAUAUGAGAAAGGUGUACAAUGGAUUAAAGAACUUUUAUACGAUAUUAAAAUAACUCCAGAUAGAUUAAAAAUAACAGCUGCAAAAAUGGUAAAUGAUGUUGGUCAAGUUAAAAGACAAGGAAAUAAAGUUGUAAAUGAUUUAAUGAAAGGAUUGAUAUAUAUUAAAGACAGCAAUCCAUUUACAUCUAGUAUGUUACGACAACAAAAAUUUCUUAAUAACGUCCUAAAACGUUUGAAUGAUGAAACAGGACAAAAAGAAGUUAUAUCAGAAAUUGAAUCUGUUAGAGAAGUAUUAACAAAUCCAAAAAAUAUGGUAAUGUACGUGGCCACUAAUGUAGAUAAAUUAACUGCUCAAGUACCAAAUGUUUAUGAUCCAUGGAAUAAUUACUUUUCUACAUUUGAUACAUCAAGCAAAACUAAACUUGAAGCCAUUCCUGAUUCAGCAUUGAUUAAAUGGAAUCUGGAUGAGGUUCCAUUUAAAGGCUGCGUUACAGGGUUAGGUUGCAUAGAAUCUUCCUAUUUAUGCCAAACUUGUCCAUGUAUAAAUGAUUACCAGAGUCCAGAUAUGGCUCCUUUAUUUGUUUGUUUAAGAUAUUUAACUCAAUUAGAGGGUCCUAUGUGGAAACUCAUUAGAGGUCAGGGUUUAUCUUAUGGGUACAAUAUACAUUUCAAACCACACGAAGGCCUGUUAUAUUUAUCAUUCUAUCGAUCAACAAACAUUGUAGCAGCAUAUAAGGAAGCAAAAUCAAUUGUAGUAAAACAAAGUGUAGGAAACUUGGUACAACGUUCAUUCUUGUCUUAUUUCCAAAAUGUGCCACAUGAUUACACUCAACAAAUGGUACAACGUGUAUCUGAAGUAACAAUUGAGGAUAUGAGUCGUAUAGCAUCUCAAUAUCUAAAACCACUAUUUGAUCCAAAACAGUGUAGAACAACUAUUGUUUGUCAUCCAUCAAAAGUACCAGAAAUAGUUGAUGCAUUUAAAACAUUUAAUCAUGAUCUUAAAUCAUACAGCACCCUUGAAGAAAGUUAUUUAAAUGAUUGGUAA